ACAGACAACUCGCUAUCAGAGAACACUGUCACUUCUUGGAUCUGUACAUCCAACACAACAGCAGACAUGAAUGCAAAAUACGCCUUGGCACUGAUCCUGUCUCUGCAGGUCUCCAUGAGCCUGUGCGAGUUACCCACACCAUCGGCUGAACUGGAUGCCAAGGUACAGGGAUUGCAAGCUGUGUUGUUCAAGAGGUUCCUGAAUGGUUGGACCAAAAUGCAGGCUGCCAUUGCUCCUAUGGUGGAGGAUUCCGCUAGGGGAGCGGAGGCCAAAACCUAUGUUGAAGAUAUUUUCGCCAAACCAGAGGUCCAAGCCAUAUUCAAGGUUGCCGGCGGCAUUGGCGAGGAGGCAGGUCCCUUGGUGGACAAGGCCCGUACAACAGUGCUGGGUUUGUACGAACAAUACGCGCGCGCCCACAUCGGCACAUUUCUGGACGAUCGCAUCAACAACAUCAAAUUUGCCCUGGACAGAAUCCUGCCAGCUGAAUAAAGAAGAUCAACUGGAGCGAAGGCACAUGUCAGUAGCCUGUAAUAGAUGAUAGAUCAUAGAAACUACACCAGUUUAGGCUGAGAAGAGCGAUGCACAAUGCAAAUACAAUCCUUUGCCUCUUUUCAAAUCAAUAUCUUUGCCAAAUCAUGCAGAAUUAAAAGCAGGGCGAACACCACCCAUGCAAAUUAUGCAUGUACAGUAUUUUGUGUUUGAUACACUAACCAAAGUCUCUGUGUGAUUGUGUAUGUAUAUGUCUGAGUGUGUUCAUUAAAAUGAAUUGGAAACUACUAUGUGCUUCUUCAUCAAGAGAUUCAAGGUUUACUUUGACAUGUUGCUAUCAUAAAGCUUCAUUUUGUGA